UCAUGCCACAAGAGUUGUAUAAAUAAAACAAAACAAAAUUGGAAAAUAAAAUGAAUAAUGGAAAUAUUAAACGCCUUCAAAAGAAACUAAGUGUUUCUAAAAAGCCUGCCGUCACAGUGGACUCACCCUUGGCCAAGUAUGACUCCUCAGGAACCUUGACCUGUAUAAUUUGCAGGAUUCCCAUAAAGCCCAGCGUUUGGAAGGUGCACAUCAACUCCAAGCAACACAAACUGAAUGUGGAUCAAGCCAAGCAGAACAAGAUUGAAAAACCUGUCACUAAUUCGGUCCCAAAGGAACCACCGUCCCCAUCUUUUAAGGCUCCUCUUGCUGUAAAAUCCGACACACAGCCGAUAAACACUUUACAGACGAGCCAGGAGAAAAAUCGUCCUAUCAUUCAAGAAAAAAGUCCUCAACCAAAUACAAAUAACAAACCAGUUAAAGAAUCUGUCACCGAACAAUUGCCCGAAAAGUUCUUUGACGAGGAUAAGACUAACAAAACUGAAGCUGCCCGACUUCAAGACGAAGAAUGGCAGCGAUUCCAACAGGAGAUCAAGAAAGCUGCUACAGAAUCUAGUGUUAUUGUAGCCGACGAGCAAGAGGACAUCAAUCUCAAGAGACACAUUAAGGAAAUAGACGAGCAGAUUGAUAAUUGGAAGAGGUUCAUUAAAAUAAAUGAUCAAAAAACUAUGCUCCUGAAUAAAAAGCGAAAAGUUAACCCGAAAGUGGAAAUCGACCCUGAAUUAAGUUCAAGCGAAGAAGACUGUAGUGUGGAUGAUUUGUACGACUGGAGAACGAAGAACUUGCACAGAUAAGAGUUAUUUUAAUUAAAAUGUUACUGUUAAAAAACACAAAA